AAACAAUACCUACACAAAUUUGACAAAUUCUCCCCCUUUUAUCUCUUCUUCUCUCUCUAAAUCGCCGUCGCUCUAAUUAUCCGGCGAUAUAAAUACGUAUUUAUAUUAUUCUGUUUUUGUUUUUUUUUUCUUUUCUAAUUUAAUUUUAUCUUACUGGUGGUAUCUUUUUCUGCAAUUAUAACCGUCGAUCAAAGCUCUGAUCUCUGCCACUACUUUUUUCGAGGUUUUUAUUAUACUCCAAAACAAGUAAUUGCAGAGUUGGUGAGUGUUUUGAUUGAUUGGUUGAUUGGUCAAUUGAUAUCAACAUUGGCGAUGUCGGGUCCCUUGGAUCGAUUUGCUAGGCCUUGUUUCGAGGGUUCAUCUGGUAGUGAGGAGAGAAGAGAAAGAAAGUCCGAUUUUGAGAAUUCUGAGGAUGAAAGAAGGACGAGAAUUGGUUCUUUGAAAAAGAAAGCCCUCAACGCAUCUUCGAAGUUCAAACAUUCUCUAAAGAAGAAGGGCAGUAGAAGAAAGAGUGAUGGUAGAGUCAGUUCUGUUUCAAUUGAAGAUAUCCGCGAUGCGGAGGAACUGCAAAGUGUUGAGUCAUUUCGGCAAGCCUUGAUUCUUGAUGAGUUGCUGCCAGAGAAGUUUGAUGAUUACCAUAUGAUGUUGAGGUUUUUGAAAGCAAGGAAAUUUGAUACUGAAAAGUCUAAGCUCAUGUGGGCUGAUAUGAUGCGCUGGAGGAACGAAUUUGGUACUGACACCAUUGGAGAGGACUUCGAAUUCGAAGAGUUAAAUGAUGUUUUGAAUUACUACCCCCAUGGCUACCAUGGAGUUGAUAAAGAUGGAAGGCCGAUAUACAUUGAGAGACUGGGGAAAGUUGACCAUAACAAACUUAUGCAAGUUACAACCCUUGAUCGUUAUAUAAAGUACCAUGUUAAAGAGUUUGAAAAAACCUUUGCAGUUAAGUUUCCAGCUUGCACCAUAGCAGCCAAACGGCACAUUGAUUCAAGCACGACAAUUUUAGAUGUUCAUGGUGUGGGCUUGAAAAACUUUACCAAGAGUGCAAGGGACCUCAUUACGCGUCUCCAAAAGAUUGAUGGUGAUAACUAUCCUGAAACACUCCAUCAAAUGUUUAUCAUCAAUGCUGGUCCUGGUUUUAGGCUACUGUGGGGAACUGUGAAGAAAUUUAUAGAUCCCAAGACUGCCACUAAGAUUCAUGUUCUUGGAAAUAAAUACCAGCAAAAAUUGCUUGAAAUAAUUGAUGCCAGCCAAUUGCCAGAUUUCUUUGGGGGUACAUGCGACUGUGCAGAUCAAGGGGGAUGCCUUCGGUCUGAUAAAGGACCAUGGAAAAAUCCGGAGAUACUGCAGAUGGUGCAUAACGGUGAUGCAGGGCGUGCUAGGCAGAUUGUUAAAAUCAUCAACAGUGAUGGGAAGGUUGUAUAUGCUAAGCCUCAUAACCCCAUGUUUAAAGGCAGUGAUACUUCUACAGCCGAGUCUGGCUCUGAAGCUGAAGAUAUUGCUUCACCAAAAGCCACUAGGAGUUACUCACAACUUCGUUUGACACCAGUUCGUGAGGAGGCGAAGGCUAUUGGAACAGCUGGGUAUGCUGCUGGUCACUUCUCAGGAUAUGAUGAGUAUGUUCCUAUGGUUGACAAGGCUGUUGAUUCAGGAUGGAAAAAGUCCCCUCAAAAGCUUCGCGUUUCUAAAGAGAUGUUUCCACAGCCAGAUUCCCGAAAGAUACCCGAAGGAUACCGUGCACAGAUUUCAGCAGUUGUCAUGACCUUGUACAUGACGCUUUUCUUGUUCUUCCGUUCAAUAUCAUGCCGUGUCACAAAGAAACUCUCCGGUGCAUCGUCACAGCAUAACGAUCAAAUCACUGAAGGGUUCUCUUUCGACACCAACAACAAGGAGGAGUUGCUGUUCAGACCACCAUCCCCAACACCAUCUUUUACAGAGGCAGAACUCUUUUCCUCUGUUCUGAAGAGGCUAGGCGAGCUUGAGGAGAAAGUCAUUACUCUUCAAGAUAAACCAUCUGAGAUGCCGUACGAGAAAGUAGAACUGCUGAAUGCUGCUGUUUACCGAGUUGAUGCCUUAGAAGCCGAAUUGAUUGCAACCAAAAAGGCUUUGUACGAGGCUUUGAUGAAACAAGAAGAACUGCUUGCUUAUAUAGACAGCCAAGAAGAUGCCAAGUUCAGGAAGAAGAAGUUUUGCUUUGCAUAAGUGUCGUAUUGGAUUGAGCGAUCUUUGAUGGUUGAGGAUAUCUGCAUUCUCCGGCUUUAUUCGAUUCUCCCCCACCUUAUUAUUGUCGUAUCGAGCUGUGAAUGAAAUUUGUAAAUUUCUCCUUGAUACACACUUUACUGUGUGAAUCUAUACUGAAGAUAUAUAUAUAUAUGUAUACAUGAUUUGGAUUAUUACUCUACUGCUGUGGUUCAUGAUUUGUUUGAGAUUCUGUUUGAGUGAUGUUCGAAAGUCGAAACACUUUGUGAAAGUAUAUAUGAAGACAUGAAUUCGUGAU